AUGGUUUUAAGUCUAAUUCACCCUAAUACUUGUGGAUUUUCCAAAGUAAUUGCGUGGCAGCUGGCAAAAUCGACGCAGUCAAAAGCGACACGUUUGGACGGAGAGUCACUUCCAAAAUUUCGUUCGCGAAUAUCGAAGUUACACUACGAAAAUUUUAUUCAAACUUUCAGUGAAUGCAAAGAGAAUUUUUGUAUUGACUUCAUAGCGUUUCAAAAUAGGUUUCCAGAUCUCCACACGAAGUUUGUUAAAUGGAAUUCGCGAAAAAUCAACGAGCGCGCAAUAUAUGUUGCUACUUUUGACACGGAAAAGUGGAGGAAACUUCCAUCCUCAAAGAAGGCUGAACAUAGUUUACUGGAGUGUCGUGGAUGUUCUCAGAGAUAUAGCUACCAGCAGUCUUUAUUUCCUGUCAAGUCCAACCAAUUAAAACAUAUCCAAAAGGAAAUUGACUUUGCAGAGGCAGCACAAACUGUUAGAGACUUGUGUCAUGAAAAGGAAAAGUGUACGAAACGUGAG